GGUGUGCGUCGUGUCGGUUGCCGCAGCCGCUGCUCCUGCGUUGCCUCCAUGUUGCCUUGUUGAGCCGCCUGUGUCCCGAGGGAAGCAGCGGACAGGAGCCCGCCCGUCCGCCGGUGCCCGGUACAUGUUGACGAGCGCUGGGCACGCAGUGUACCGGGGAGGCUGGUUUCCAGGCACAUUGCGGCUUUCCUUGUGAUGCCUCCUCCGGCUCGUCUGUGUGUGCAGCGGUGAGGCUCAGCCCUGGCAUGUCCUCGUCCAGCAGCCGUCAUAUCCUCUCGGCGGGCUCGGCUCCGUGUCUGUGUGGUUAGUGAGGACAUUGCUGUAGCGCUGGUGUCUCCCCCUCCCCGAGGACUCCGCGGACUGUGACAUUUCUGCUGACCCCCUCCCCUCCUCCUCCAAGCAUGGCCUGGGCAUUAAAGUUACCUCUGGCUGAUGAAGUCAUUGAAUCCGGACUGGUGCAGGACUUCGAUGCCAGUUUAUCUGGGAUUGGGCAAGAGUUGGGUGCUGGCGCCUACAGUAUGAGUGAUGUUCUCGCCCUGCCUAUCUUCAAGCAAGAAGAAUCAAGUCUGCCUUCAGAAAACGAAAACAAGAUCCUACCUUUCCAGUAUGUACUGUGCACGGCUACCUCCCCCGCUGUGAAGCUUCACGAGGAGACCCUUACCUAUCUCAAUCAAGGCCAGUCCUAUGAAAUCCGGAUGUUGGACAAUAGAAAACUAGGGGAACUGCCCGAGCUGACUGGCAAGCUAGUUAAGAGCAUCUUCAGAGUGGUGUUUCAUGACCGGCGCCUGCAGUACUCGGAGCACCAGCAGCUGGAAGGCUGGCGAUGGAACAGGCCUGGAGACAGAAUACUUGACAUUGAUGUCCCCAUGUCUGUGGGUAUUAUUGACCCAAGGGCGAAUCCAACGCAGCUGAACACUGUUGAAUUUCUCUGGGAUCCUUCCAAGAGAACAUCUGUCUUUAUACAAGUUCAUUGCAUUAGUACAGAAUUUACAAUGAGGAAGCACGGGGGUGAGAAAGGUGUACCUUUCCGAAUCCAAAUUGAUAGCUUCAAAGAGAAUGAGAACGGAGAGUAUACGGAGCAGCUGCACUCGGCCAGCUGUCAGAUUAAAGUGUUCAAGCCUAAAGGAGCAGACCGAAAGCAGAAAACGGACAGAGAAAAGAUGGAAAAGCGAACGCCACAAGAGAAGGAGAAAUAUCAGCCCUCCUAUGAGACCACCAUUUUAACAGAGUGCUCACCGUGGCCUGAGAUCACGUAUGUCCCCAAUGCUCCUUCCCCCGGAUUUAAUAGUUCACACAAUAGUUUUACAAUUAGUGAAGGUAAUGGUUCUCCAAAUGACCAACCUGAACCACCCGCACCCAUCAUUGAUGUAAGUGCAGGACUGACCUCCGUUCAGAACCUCUUGCCUACAUCAACCCCUCAGGAGGCACAACAGUGGCUACAUAGAAAUAGAUUUGCUGCAUUCUCGCGGCUAUUCACAAAUUUCUCAGGUGCAGAUUUAUUAAAGCUAACUAGGGAUGAUGUCAUUCAGAUCUGUGGACCUGCUGAUGGGAUCCGGCUCUUCAAUGCACUGAAAGGGAGGGUGGUACGGCCAAGGCUCACAAUUUAUGUCUGCCAGGAGUCCCAGCAGCUACGGGAGCAUCAGCAGCAGAAACAUGAAAAUGGGGAGCAGGGAAAUGGUUCCUUUUUUGUGUAUCACGCCAUUUACCUGGAAGAUCUGACGUCUCUGGAAUUAACUGAGAAGCUUGCCCUACUUUUCAACAUUUCUCCUCAUCAGAUUAACCAGAUUUACAAGCAGGGGCCCACCGGCAUUCAUGUUCUUAUAAGUGAUGAGAUGAUUCAGAAUUUUCAAGACGAGUCAUGCUUUGUGCUGGAUACAAUGAAAGCUGAAACCAACGAUAGCUACCACAUCAUUUUAAAAUAAGGUGCCGCACGAGAGCCACCCUUGUCCGCUAAUCAAAGAAGACCCAGAACUGGUCUCUCGGUGCCCUCCAGUAGGCUCGCAGGACUUGAAUGCACUAGAGACAAAUGAAUCUUCAGCGUGUCGCCGCCUUACCUGGCAGACUCUCGCUUCUUCCAUAUUGACAGGCCGCUCCUGCUUGUGCAGACUCAAAUCAUAUCCAGCAGGCUAAGAGUUUAUUGCAGUGAUCGAGCACCUAAGUGGAUCACGUUUGAUCUGCACAAGGACGAGUACAAUGUGGACCUGGAUUAUGUAUGAACUGGCCACUCCACUCCAUUGGCUGGCAUCAUCCUUUUUAUACUUAAGAAAAAAAUAAAACAUUUAAGCUGAUCUCACAGGCUGCUGGAAGACGCAGAUACAAUAUUCUUGAAGCAUUUGGUGUACGUUAUUGGUUACCCCAAAUGUACUGUCUGGUAUAGAUGGUAAUGGGGUUAGUAUUUUUUUAUGUAGCAUGUGUCUUUUUGUAUGAUGCUUUUUGUAACACCAGCCAUCUUCCCCCGCUGUCCCCGUUCUUCUAGCCUCAGAUUUUUACUUGUCUUUAUACAUGAUUUUUUUUAUUUUUAUGGAUUACCACAGAAGAUGACGCUUCUUAUGACGGCGGGACAGGUCCAGUUCCUGUAACAGAGCACUGAAAAGCAAUCGUGUGAUCGAUGUAGGUGAUCUCAUUCAUUAUCAGUGCUACCAGUUGUCCCAAACCACCCCCACCCGUAACGUGAUUCUCAAACAUCCUGCAUGCAGCUGCUUGUAGGGCAGGGACUGAUGAGACUUGCACACGAUGGCCAAUCCAAUGCAAAACGACUCGAAUCAACGCAACUAAUAGUGUAUCCUUUUAUCCCCUCUCUGAUAUCUCACUAUUGGAUCUCUCGUCUUUGUACAUUUUUUUUUUUUUGUUUUUUUACUCCUGUUAUUGUUGCAUAUAAUUUCCAAGAGAUUUGUUCCCCUGUUUCUGGAGGCAUCUGUGACAUUCUGCAAGUCUUGUGGGACAGUGAAUACCUCCAAUAAUAAAACCGACUGCUGGCAUUUCAAGAAUCCCCAGAUUCUGCUGUGUUAUCAAAGGUGUCAGCUCUUUCUUCUCAACUGAAUCAGGACUAAAACCAGGAGAAUAUGUUGGGUGUGAAUGAAAGCGAUAUGAUGUGUUCAUUUAUUUCAAACAAUUUUAAAGCCACUUUGUAUUUUUUUUUAUUUUAUUUUUUGCGUGGGUUAUUUCCAAUAGUUGCUUCUACUGAUGACAAGCACGGAAAUACGGUGUGAAUGGCUUGAAGAGUCCAUUAAAGGACCAUCUCCUGUCAGCAGAUCUGUAUCCAAGAAGGAAAUAAAACCCUUUAUUUCUAACCUUUUAAGUACCGUAUAAUGUAUUUCAUAAUAAAUGGCUAAACGUAUUUGGUCUU